AGGACCCACCUCACUAUGGAUGUACCACCCUGGGCAGGGUGUUCUGAGCUCAAUGGGGAUUGGUUUUCUAUUGUCGUGGCCUCUAACAAAAGAGAAAAGAUAGAAGAGAAUGGCAGCAUGAGAGUUUUUAUGCAGCACAUUGAUGUCUUGGAGAAUUCCUUAGGCUUCAAGUUCCGUAUUAAGGAAAAUGGAGAGUGCAGGGAACUAUAUUUGGUUGCCUACAAAACGCCAGAGGAUGGCGAAUAUUUUGUUGAGUAUGACGGAGGGAAUACAUUUACUAUACUUAAGACAGACUAUGACAGAUAUGUCAUGUUUCAUCUCGUUAAUUUCAAGAACGGGGAAACAUUCCAGCUGAUGGAGCUCUACGGUAAAGUAUUUCCACACGGACACUGAUCUUGUGGUGGGAAA